UGCCACUGCUGGUCCCCGUCAUCGGCGUGGCGCCUAUCUCUACUACUAUUAUGUGAGCACUGUAGGCGUCCACUUCGCACGGUGCACGUUCUGCCUCUCCCCUCAUGCCCACGGACGAACGCUCCGCGAAGCCACAGCCGCCAUUCCCGCCGCCCCGCCGCGCAUUCCAUCCUCAGCCCGCGGCAGAGUCCUCUGUUCCCAGCAGCGCCUCGCCCCGCCCCGCAUCACUCCCGGCCGCGCAUCACUCCCGCAGCGCCCCGCCCCGCCGGCGCAUCACUCCCGGCCGCCAAGCCCGCUUCCCGAGGCCGCCAAGGUUUCCAUCCCGCCGCUCGCUCAAGGGUUCCAUCCCGCGGCCGCAUCCAGCGCAUUCCAUCGCGCAAUCACCGCUCGCUCAAGGGUUCCAUCCCGCGGCCGCAUCCAGCGCAUUCCAUCGCUCAAGGGUUUCCAUCCCGCCAAGCCCGCAUCCAGCGCAUUCCAUCCCGAGGCCGCAAGGGUUUCCAUCGCGCAAUCACCGCUCGCGCAUUCCAUCGCGCAAUCACCGCUACCGCAUCCAUGGCUUCAAUCGGUUGCCCCCGCGAUCCCCUUCCAUCCAUGGCGAGGUCGCUGGUUAUUUUUAACAGUCCACCGACAGCACUCGCUCGCACUAAAUCCUUUCGCUCUCAGAUCCUGCCCCUCGCUCGCCGCCCAAUCAAUAGCUCAGACGUUGCCUCGGUUGUCCUGCAAGUUUGUGGACCCCGACAACGUCGUUUCCUCCGCUCUAGUGGCGCGUCGCGUGCGGUCAGACACGAUGAGUUGCGGCAGCGAUGUGUGCCGGGACAGCUGCAGUAGUAGCGGCAGCGAGGAGUUCAGGCGGUCGUGGCCCAGCAAAGUCACCGCUGAUGAUUCAGUGGCGCCUGCCCGGAGCUCGGAUGUCGCAGCGCCGGCAUCGUGGAUUGAUAGGAAGCUGCUUGUUGAUCCAAAGAUGAUGUUCGUUUGGGACAAGAUUGGGGAGGGAGCUCAUGGCAAGGUCUACAAGGGGAAGUACGGUGAUCAAAUUGUAGCGAUAAAGGUUCUUAACCGUGGCAGUAUCCCUGAAGAAAAACAACACUUGAAGGCUGUUUCAUCCGAAGUAAAUAUGAUGUGUAAAGUGAAACAUGAGAAUCUUGUCAAGUUUAUUGGAGCUUGCAAAGAACCAUUGAUGGUGAUCGUUAGUGAGCUACUGCCAGGAAUGUCACUGAAAAGUUACCUGCAUAGCAUCCGGUCUAGCCAACUAAAUACACACACUGCAAUAAGCUAUGUAGUGGACAUAGCUCAUGCACUGGACUAUUUACAUGCCAAUGGCAUAAUACAUAGCGACCUGAAACCUGGUAAGGAUGCUUAAGCUAAUUGACUUUUGGCAUUCUACGCUUUGAUCCUUUAGCACGAGCACCUUAAGUAUGAGUUUACAAUCUGAACAGUUAGUGUUUACAUGUAUUUUAUUUUUAUGCAAUAUUUAUACUUGUUUUGUAUGUGUUUAUUCCGAUAAACAUCCGAGGGACGCAA